AAUUUAAGUUAUAUAAUACUGUUUGAAAUAAUCGUUGAAUCUAUAUAUUCAAAGAGCAAAUAAAAUGUUUUUAUUACUUGAAAUACCUGUAUUGAAGUAACUAAAGAAGUAAAUAUUUGAUCAGUGCAUUACUACUGCAGUGAAGAAAGUUGCAUAUGAAAAAGUAAAUGUAUCUGCCCCUUUACAAUGUAUACGAAAAGAGAUGUGUGGUUAGAAUCUCUGUAUCUAAAUUGGGGUUCUUUACUGUACUACUGCCAUUACUUGCUUUUAUAAUGUGCAUAAUAUUGACAAUGUAUAAAGAUUUCGAUAGAGCAAAUCACACACAUUGCAAUGUACCAAAUAUAUUUCCGUCAAUAUCUGCAUCUAUUGGAAAUUAUGAACCGCAAAGAACAAUUUGGAAGACUGCCAUUUACCUCCAUGCACCUAUUAGAUUCUUUAUAAUAUAUUUGCGAUGGAAAUAUUAUAGGGAAAUUAUAUUAGAUUCAUUUGCUGUUAUAGUUAAUGUAGCCGUAUCCUUAAAUGUAAUAGAAAAUUUAUCACUAGUUGGCCUGACUUAUUGGACUUCAUCUCUUAAUUACCCAUUUCAUGAAGUAUGUUUCAAGACAUUUAUUGGAACUUCAAUAUUUUACAUGUUGAUGACAAGCAUACUGUUAACGCAGUAUCGUAGGAAGUCUCACAUGACUCGUUUAGAGAGGAACUCUGUUAAAUUAAAAUGGAGAACAUUUUCAAUCAAUGUUGUAUCAUUUACAAUUGCAGCUUACUUUUUUUUAAGACACAACAGAUUAUGUGAACCCUAUGUAUACUCAAUGUUCGGGUUUUCUGAAUAUAUUGUUGUGUUCAGCAACAUUGCAUUCCAUAUGACAACGGUGUAUGAUUUGGAAAGGAAAAAUAUUUAUCUCAGUCCAAGAGGUAUAACAUUAGAAUAAAAUAUGCAAGACAAAAGAUAUACAAUCUAUUAUUAUGAUGCCAAUUACUUUAUAGUGACUUUUUGUUAUUUAGAUAUUUGAAGCUUGAGAUUUAGGCUGCAGUUGACUAUUUUUGUAAAUCAAUCUUUUAGUUAAAAUUUUUUUUUUCAAUCAUUUUAUAGAUAGCUAAAUAACUUAUAAUAGCCACAUAAUAUAAGAUUUUGGCUUACUUUUAGUAUUACAUAUGUACUUACUACGGCAACUUUUAUAAUUUUUGUUUUCUAAUGUUAUUUUUAAUCUUCCAUGUGGUCUUCCUUUAUUCAUAGAUUUGUAGAUAAAUUGUAAAUGUACAAUAAUAUUAUAUGUGACAAUCUUAUUUGUAUUUUUCU